GACCACCGUCCAGCUGCUGGGCUCCUCCGCCUCCAGUGGUCAGAAUGCAUGUGUUAAUUCCACGAGCACUGAGUGAGCCGGGCCAACAGUUGUUCAGGAAGUAAAGUGUGUUGCUACGAUAUCACGUGCCGCUGAAUAAUAGGACUGUCUAAGUUGUUAGUCUGUUCGUGUUUAGCAAUAUUGUCUGCCACUGUAGACUUUGGUACUUUAGUGUUUGUUCAUCUGUGGUGGAAGCUGAACCCUCUAAGUUUCCACAUCGCUGAUAAACUAUGUUGACCAGUUGUCGAUAUGGGAACAUUGCCCAGUGUCCCGUAUCUCAAACUCCUCACCCUUCAACUGACCACUCUUCGAUAGGGCUGACCAACUUUCCCUUCAAUAACGUGACACCCGAGCGAUGUUACAAUUUUUCCCCGAUUAUGGUGGAACAUUGGGCCGGCAUUAAAGCAGACAUGACGCCGGUGUCUCUAGGUGACCAAGAAGGUGUUCAACAACAACAGAGUGCCCAACAGUGCGCUAUUUGUGGAGAUAGAGCCACAGGAAAGCAUUACGGAGCAGCUAGUUGUGAUGGCUGUAAAGGAUUCUUCAGGCGGAGUGUCCGCAAGAACCACCAGUACACAUGCAGAUUUAACAGAGGCUGUGUGGUGGACAAGGACAAGAGGAACCAGUGUCGCUAUUGUCGUUUGAAGAAGUGUUUCAGAGCAGGCAUGAAGAAAGAGGCGGUUCAGAAUGAGAGAGAUCGAAUCAGCUGCCGGAGACCAAGUUAUGACGAGGCACUGCAUUCUGCUGGUCUAUCGCUUGGUGUGUUGCUUAAUGCUGAAAUGUAUUCUAGACAACAGUUGGGACCCCAACAAAAUGAAAUAGUCCUAGCUACUAAAAAAGUGGCUACGAUAGCUGAUGUGUGUGAAUCAAUGAAACAGCAGUUGUUGAUACUUGUGGAGUGGGCAAAAUACAUCCCGUCAUUUUCAGACCUGCCCCUCGAUGAUCAGGUGGCACUUUUGAGAGCUCAUGCCGGAGAACACCUUUUACUUGGUCUUGCCAGGAGGUCUAUGAAUGUGAAGGAUGUUUUGUUGCUGGGUAAUAACUUCAUCAUUCCACGUCAUUCCUCUGAAACUGAUAUUAGCAGAAUAGGAUGUAGAAUUAUGGAUGAACUUGUGACAACAUUACGAGAAGUUAAUGUGGAUGAUACUGAAUUUGCUUGCUUAAAGGCCAUAGUGUUUUUCGAUCCUUAUGCUAAAGGUCUGAGUGACACUAUGAGGAUCAAGUUACUUCGUUGUCAAGUCCAGACCAGCCUAGAAGAUUAUAUAAAUGACCGACAAUAUGACUCUAGGGGGCGCUUUGGGGAGAUCCUAUUGACAAUCCCUCCACUUCAAAGUAUCACAUGGCAGAUGAUUGAACAAAUACAGAUUGCAAAGAUAUUAGGAAUGGCUAAAAUUGACAAUCUUCUACAAGAAAUGUUGUUAGGAGGUAUGACAUCACAGAUGCUUUAUCCUCCUGGUACAGGUGCCACUGGAGAACAAGGAGGCUCCAUGGGUCCACCCACAACAGGUCUUUCCUUACCAUCAGCUCCCUCAACUUCUCUCCACCACUCAGUACUUCAGAACCCAAUUGCACAUCUUACCAAUAGCCAUAACAGCCAGAGUAACCACCUAACCAAUGGCCACCCUGAAACUCCAAUUCCAUCACCUUCAGAUACUUAUAAGGUUCAUCAGCCACUUGGUAGUCAGCCCUUUAAGAGAGAGAUGCUUGAGACUGACCCGGCCUAUUAACUUGUUCACCAAGAAGCAUUUCAUAAAUGAGAAGUAUCUAAACUUGCCACCUGGUGCUCAUAAAUAACUUCAUUUAUCAACAGUUAUUUUAUGCCAGUGAUCAUUAGUUAGUACAGACAACAGGGACUACCCUUUGUGGUAGUGGUUAAAAUAAAACUGGUAAUGGAAGCCAGUCCUAAUUAACUGAAAAAAAGGUUAUAUCAGUGGUCAUUCAGUGACGAUCCAUUGAUCAUGUAAUUUUCAUAUUUAGUUUACUGUAAAAAAACUCAUUGAAACAAAUUCUGAAUAUAUCUUUGAACUUUACUUUUUUUUUUCAUAAUGUCUUACAUUAGUAGUACUAAACAUUCAAAAUAUAAUAACAAAAGGAUGCUACAUUAGGUUAUAAGAAUUUGGCUGCUACAUUUUUCACUUGUACAAAUGUUGCAAUCAGGUGCCAGACCUAAAUUACAAAAACUAUAUUUACUGGUCAGUUAUCUACAGCAGCUAAAUGCAGAUGCCAGACCUAAAUUACAAAACUAUAUUUACUGGUCAUUUAUCUACAGCAGCUAAAUACAGAUGCCAGACCUAAAUUACAAAACUAUAUUUACUGGUCAGUUAUCUUCAGUAGCUAAAUACAGAUACCAGAUCUAGAUCACAAAACUGUUUACUGUUCAGUUAUCUUCAGCAGCUAAAUACAGAUGCCAGACCUAAAAUUGCAAAACUAUAUUUACUGUUCAGUUAUCUACAGCAGCUAAAUGCAGAUGCCAGACCUAAAUUACAAAACCAUUUACUGUUCAGUUAUCUUCAGCAGCUAAAUACAGAUGUCAGAUAUAGAUCAUAAACCCAUUUAUGUUCAGUUAUCUACAUCAGCUAAAUGCAGAUACCAGAUCUGGAUUACAAAACCAUUUAUUGUUCAGUUAUCUUCAGCAGCUAAAUACAGAUACCAGAUCCAGAUCACAAAACUGUUUACUGUUUGGUUAUACACAGCUGCAAAAUACAGAUACCAGAUCUGUAUCACAAACCUAUUUACUGUUUGGUUAUACACAGCUGCUAAAUACAGAUACCAGAUCUAGUUCACAAAACCAUUUACUGUGCUGUAAGCUACAUCAAAAACUUAAAUGAAAUACUUGAAUAGUUUUACAAAUAUAUUAACUGUGAUCCUUAAAGAUGAGCCAAGUUAUGUGCUACUGCUGGCAGUAAGAAUUUUAUAUAUAUAUAUAUGUUUUUUUUCCAUGAGGUGUGUAGAAUAUUAAAGUUAGUAGAGUACUCUAUUUUUGAAAAGUUUGACUUCAAGCAGUAUAUAUAUUAGAAAAAUUCCAAGAUGUAAACUAUUUUGUGAAAUUGUGCCUUAACGUUACGAGACAUGUUGAUCUCAGUCCUAUACAGUUUUUAAAACAGGUUUUAUGGUACUUGUUAAAGUAACAACAAAAGAUGUUUAUAUUAUUAACACAUCAGUCACAGAAGACCUUUAAAAGAUCUACUAUGAAUAAAAACCAAGUUUUUAUUAGUAUACUCUAAAUUACAUACUAAAAAAUUGUUGUGUUAGCUAUGAAUAUAAUCAGUAAAAGUGUUAACAGCACUACACAAACAAUAGUAGUACUAAAACAAUACUUCAUUCACAAACUAACUGUCAAAACAAUGAUAAUGACAGACUGUAUUACUACUUUUAUAAUUUAAGUAUUUACUCCUAUAAAAACAAUUAAAAUUAGAAAAAAAUUAUCAAUUACAAAAAAAAAUAAAAAAAUUCAACCACCUUAAAGUUUUUUAAUAAUAUAAUGCACUGAUUUUAUUAAAAUGCACGCUUGAGAUGUUAAAGCAUUCAGAAUUAGCACAUAGCAUAGUACAUACCAGUGUCAGUUUAAACAGAAAUUAGAUUGUGGACUGAUUAAAAUAUAAACAACACAUAAAGAAUGAAACAACAAAUUUUUACAUUUCUUUUUCAACAUACAGUAUAUUAAUCCAAGUUUGAGUUGAUAGGAAUCUUUAAAAUUGGUUUGAGCUUGAUACUGAAACUAAGUUGAGUCUAGUCUAGCAUAUUUGCAACAGUAAAAACCGGUUUAUAUCCAGUCCAUCAAAAUACAUUUUUUUAAAUAAAAAAUGCAUGCUGCAAAUUAUAGUGGCAUUGCUUUAUUUCCAGUAUUAAAUUCUUGAUUGCUAACAUGCUUUAAAAACUGAAGUGUGUGCUCUCUCUCUCUCUCUCCAUUAAUUAAAAACCAACCACAGAAUAGAUGGGAUUGUUACUUCUGUUCAGUAAUCAGACCAGAAGUCUAGGUAGUCUUUGUGUAAAUAGUGGUAGUUUGUUAAAGAUGCUAGUGAGUAGAUUAGGUUCAGUACCAGCUGGGUGAGUGAAAGUCUAGUCUCAAGACUAGAGGUUGAUAUUAAAUCUCAGGUGUCUUAGAUAUUUGUGUUGUGACUGAAAUGACUAGACUGAGAUAUGAAAAAAAUUAUCUCAAAUAUACCAAAAUAUUUUUAGUAUGUGAUUUACUACUUUUCAUUUUUGCUUUAUGUGAUUUUUAAAAAUUUGUUUUUCAUGAUUAAUUUCUUUACUGUAUGAACUAUGUUUAUUAAAGGGUCAAUGCAAUAUAUUAUAAGUUUCAGUGCCUUGGCUUACUCAUUAUAUUACUAAUUUGUUUGUCCACAAAAUGUGUUAUCAAUGGUGAUAUAACAACCACAUAUAAGAGAAAAAGACUACUGAGAACUUUACAAACUGAAUCAUUUCAUCAAUUUAGAACUUAAUUUUUUUUUGUGCUUUUUUUUUAUAAUCCAAUCCAUGUCUACAAAGUCUGUGCCAAAACUCAUUCUGCCCAUUUGGCAUGUAUUGAUUACACUGUACAUAAAUAAAGCUAUUUUGAUUAAAA